AUGAAUAUUAAAUAAUAACUCCUUAAUUAGUAAAUUCAAUCUUAUUAGCAUUCAGAUGGAACUUGUUUUUGUUCUGUAUGUUUGUGCAGCAAAUGUUAUUGUAAAUAAAAGCCUUAACAAACACAUUACAUUAAUGAACCAAAAUCAAUUUAUAAUAUUGAUUAUGAUUCAAGAAGAACACCUAAUAAACAUUCUAGAUUGCCUAAUCAGAAUUAUUAAGGCAGAUAAAAAGCUUUAUCACUUCAUUCUGUUUAUAAUGAUGAUUUCGAUAAAAAACAGUUGAACAAAUCAUUUCUAGAUAAUACACAAUAUCCAUAGAAUAAUUCUUUCAGCAUUCCUUUUUGUGGUUGUAACACUUAUGCACUUUAAUUUCCAGGUAAAACAUCAAUGCCUCCUCAAUUAUUAAAACCACUAAAUUAAAUUUAAUUACUACCUGGUAAAUUAGACAUCAAAUCAAGUUAUCAAAGAGAACAUAAAUAUCACAAAUUAGAUCAAGAUAAAAUCAUUAAUUUUUCCAAAAUUACUAAUCAAAGAUUACAUACCAAUUCUAAAGAAAAAAAUAUUUACUUAAACUCUAGCUAUUAAGAAUAAUACAAAGGAUAAAUUGCAAAAAAAGUUUAAUAAUUACCUAUCUAAUAAAGUUAUUUACCUUUUGGACUUAGUAAUUAAGGAAUCAAUAAUCAUUAUGUUAGUACAAAUAAAAAAGAUUAUGAACCAUAAAGUUUUUAUUAAUGUGAAGCAGAUUAAAAAUUACAAAAAUUAAGCGAUUAAAUAUUAUCAUAAUAAUGA